GAGGGAGGGACUAUGAACAAGGGAGAAAGGGAGACAGGACUUAUGUUAGAGAGAGGAGGGGCGUGAUUAGUUCCCCUUCCCUCCCGCAGAAACUGAUGUUCGUCCUGCGCAUCGGGAGCCACGACCAUGCCCCUCGUGCCGCGUGGACCUCGGCGACCCCCGGCGCCACGUGGACCACUCUCAACGUGCACGACCCGCUUGAUUUCAGAAAGCCGCGCUGUGGAGUUACGUGGUUUGCCUGAGGAGCUGCCUGCCGAGGACAUGCCGGAGGAGCUGUCUGCCAGGGAUGCGUCGGAGGAACAGCUGGUGGGUGCAGGAUGUACGCCUGAACGACCAGCUAGCUUGGGAAACACGCCCAAGGACCUGGUGGGUACCGGUCUGCCGGAGGAGCUGCCAGCCGUGGACGCGCCGGAGGUGCUGCCUGCCGAGGACACACCGGAGGAGCUGCCUGCCGAGGACACACCGGAGGAGUUGCCUGCCAGUAAGUCGAAGUUGAUGUCGGUGAGGCAGGCGGGCGGGAAAGCCCUUUCCACGAUCCACGACGACAUGGACCAGGAAGACAAACACACACCGCCCGCUAGUAAGUCAGCUAGCCCAGAAAAAGAACCUCCAGAGCAACCUGCCCCUGAUGAGCAACCACAAGGGGGUGCAGUUUGCAAUAUUGGAACGAGUAUUGAAGUUCUCCCUAGUUCACCACCAGACCAAAUGAUGGUGAAUGCCCUUGGCUCCCUGGACAAUUCUGUCCUCGUCGAUUGUAAUGUUGCCGAAAAUCUGGGAGCCAAGGGCGGCGAAGGUAGCGUAGAGGAAGGUGCUAGUGAUAUUUCACUGGAGUACGGAGAUGUGAGCCCUCCCCAACCGCGAAAGAAGAAGAAGAGGAAGCGGUUGGGGAGGGGCCGACGUGUUGAGGACUUUUGGAAGAGGAGGGGACAGUUUCACCACUUCCGAAAGUGAAUGACUCCCCUCUUCCAAGUCCUUCCUUUUUUCUCCCUCUAACAUCAUCUCCAUCUGUCCUUUCUCCCUUUAAUUUCGUAUUUCCCUUCUUACUACUCCUGUCUACUUUUCCGUUCUGUCCUAUCCCGUUUCCUCCCCCCCCCCCCUGAGGAAGUGAAGAUCUUCAUUUCUGAAGAUCUUCACUCCCUCAUCCCCCAUUUCUAAGCUUUAAUUUCCCUUCUUCCACUAUCUCUCUCAUACUAUCCUGUCUCUUGCUAUAUUUUCAACUCUUACUCCUUUUCUCCUACUUUCUUCUCUUCCCCUUCUUUUCUAUC